GAAACGGUGAGUUCAUUCAGUGGAGGCGAACUGUUCUGGUCAGUUUUUGCUUCCUUAGUUCCUUUCCUUCCCCAGCCAGCCAGCCUCGAAAACAUUCCCCUCCUUCUCUUCUGAUAUACCGGAAAGCGUGUACGGAAGAACAGCCAAUUGGAACGUCUCUAGGGUUUCACCACUGUCGCGCCCGUGUGAUUCAUGAAGCCUAUACGGUUAUCGCUGCCGGAGAGUCCUACCGCCGUUGGCGUCCCCGAAAUCUUCGAAGGCGGCGCUCACAGCGUUGUCAGGCGCGCUGUUGUGAUCGGAAACGGGUUCGCCGGUUCGGAGAACCAGAGCCUCGGCCUGGUUCGCGCCCUCGGACUCUCCGACCAGCAUGUACUUUAUCGGGUUACAAGACCGAGGGGAGGGAUAAAUGAGUGGCUGCACUGGCUGCCAGUUUGGCUUCACAAAUUUUUAUAUUAUGUCAUGACAAAGUUAAGCAUCUGCUCACGGGCUACAAGGACCAAGAAACUUUCACCUAUCCCUUCAGAAAAUGGAAGCAGCGUAGGAUUGGCUUCAAUUUUAGAAGCUGAUGUGAAGCAUAUUGUGAAUCUGGCACGUGAUACCUAUGAAAAGGAUGGUCCUCUUUUGGUUGUUGCAUCUGGAAGAGAUACUAUUUCUGUGGCGAGCUCGAUAAAACGUUUGGCUUCCGAGAAAGUUUUUGUUAUUCAGAUUCAACAUCCCAGAUCACAUCUUAAUAGAUUUGACUUGGUCAUCACUCCACGUCAUGACUAUUAUGCUUUGACUCCAGAAGCACAAGAGCAGGUUCCACAUUUUAUGCGGAGAUGGAUAACUCCGCAGGAGCCUCCAGAUGAGCAUGUGGUGCUGACAACAGGAGCUUUACAUCAAAUUGAUUUUUCCAUGCUCCGCAAUGCAGCUAGUGCUUGGCAUGAGGAACUUGCCCCUCUACCAAAGCCAUUGCUAGUGGUUAAUGUUGGAGGACCUGCAAGAUAUUGCCGCUAUGGAGCUGACCUUGCAAAGCAGUUGAGUGACUUUCUGCUUAGUGUUCUUGCAACCUGUGGAAGUGUGAGAAUAUCCUUCUCAGAGAAAACACCUCAAAAGGUUUCUUCUGUAAUAAUCAAAGAACUUGCAUACCAUCCCAAGGUUUACAUCUGGGAUGGUGAAGAGCCAAAUCCGUACAUGGGACAUUUAGCUUGGGGAGAUGCAUUUGUAGUCACAGCAGAUUCAGUCAGCAUGAUCAGCGAGGCUUGCACCACUGGGAAACCUGUCUAUGUUAUGGGAGCAGAGCGUUGCAAAUGGAAGUUGUCAGCGUUCCACAAAUCCUUGAAAGAGCGGGGCGUGGUUCGGCCAUUCACUGGGUCCGAGGAUAUCUCGGAAAGCUGGAGCUACCCUCCCCUAAACGACACAGCUGAAGCUGCACGUCGAGUAGUCGAAGCACUUGCUCAACGCGAUCUCACAUUGCGGCCGUAGGAAAGCUUUUGUUCAAAUGCUGUUGUUGUAAGCAUGUCCCUGAACUGGGUUUUCGGUUAUUCCUCAUUUGGUUUUUCCCAUACCUUCAUAGACCACACGUAAUGCUCAUCACAAAUUCAUUCUUUUGCCCUUGGGAGAGAGAGGAAGAGGGUUUCAGGCUUUCAGUUGGUCUGGUGUUUUAGUGUGUAUAAUAAUCAAAAGGCAAGCACGGCUUUGUAACAUAGGAAGAGAGGCUUCACAGUUAAAACCGGUUCUGUAAUUAACAUUGUGGCAGGGUACUUUGAUGGAAUAAACCAGUUGAUAGAAAACUGUCACGUUUGUGUUUUAAUUUUUAUUAUUCCUUACAGUUAUCUGUCAGAAUCUUACUUUAAUGACUACAUUUAAAGCUUUCAAAUAA